GUUCCAUUUAAAAGUUAAAACAUGUGAAUAUAAUAUCCCACCCUCACCGGAAGGAAGCUCACCAUUCGACACCGCCGAUCAUACGCCGCCACCGACGCUAUGAUCGCUGUCGCCACUUAUUACCUCUCCCAACACCCUUCCAUCGUCGCCUUCCGUUGGAGCCACACCCAAAUAUGGGGCUCCACCUGGUCCUUCCUCGUCACCUCUAUCGCCCUUUAUCUCAUCAUCUCCUCUUUCAUACACCUCUUUUUGUGCCUCCUCAUCCGACGCGGCAGGCCCGUGUCGCUCGGUCCGAUCCCGGCCUUGCAUAGCCUCGUGAUGAGCGUCGUAUCCGCCGUUAUCUUCGCUGGGAUCCUCCUCUCGGCAGCCGCGGAAAUCAAAGAGACCCGAUGGUUCUGGCGUCGCUAUAAGACCCCAUUCCAAUGGCUGCUCUGUUUCCCCCUCGGUACCCGUCCCUCCGGCCGCGUCUUCUUCUGGUCCUACAUCUUUUACCUCUACCGUUUCCUCCACAUGUUCCGUACGAUCUUCUCCAUUUUCAAGACCCGGAAAUUAACCUUCUUCUACCUCUUCAACAAUUCCAUAUUGACGAUCAUGUCCUUCCUUUGGCUAGAAUUUUCGCAGUCGUUUCAGGUCUUGGCGAUCCUAUUCACGACCCUGAUUUACGCAGCCGUCUACGGCUACAGAUUCUGGACGGCGAUAGGGUUAAGAGGCGUUUGCUUCCCCUUUGUGUUGAAUUGUCAAAUCCUGCUGUUGGGCUGCAACGUGGUCUGCCAUAUCGGGGUUUUGAUGUUGCAUUUCAUGAAAGGCGGGUGCAAUGGGAUCGGAGCCUGGGUUUUGAACUCUGUUUUGAAUGGGAUUAUUUUGUUACUGUUUUUGAAGUUCUAUGUUCAGAGCAGAAGAAAAAAUGGCAACGGCAAGCAAACGGCGGUGCACGGCGAAAUUGACAAGAACAAUGAUUUGUGAUAAAUUAUCAAG